CGGGGCGCCUCUGUGCUGCCCAGGGUCCUGCGCCUCUGCUUGCCCCGCGCUCCGCCCUGAGCCGGCCGCGUCUUCGGGGUCCCCGCGCCCCUACCCUGAGCGCUUCCGCCUGCGCUGAGCUCCCUGCGCGCCUACAGCCCCAGCGUGGCAGCAGCGGGAACUCUUCUCUCCCGUGUUGGGACCCCACAGCUUGGACGACAGGGACCCCAGGACGCCUCCAUCACGUCAAGGCAGAAUGUUCUGGAAGCUUUCCGUGUCCUUGCUCCUCAUGGCUGCGCUGGAGAAGGUGGAGGACGCCCAAAGGGCCCGACCAGCUGGAUCCAUCCCCUCGCCCCGCAAGGAUGGAAGCCCCGAAAGCACAGGGAGAUGGCAGCUCAUCAAGGAAGUGCUGGCCUCCAGCCAGGAGGCCCUGGUGGUCACAGAGCGCAGGUAUCUGCGGAGCGACUGGUGCAAGACGCAGCCGCUGCGGCAGACGGUGCACGAGGAGGGCUGCCACAGCCGCACGGUACUCAACCGCUUCUGCUAUGGCCAGUGCAACUCUUUCUUCAUCCCCCGACCCGGGGGUGGGAGCUGGGGCUCCUUCCAGUCCUGCGCCUUCUGCAGGCCCCAGCGCGCUGCUGCGCUGUUAGUGGAGCUGCAGUGCCCCGGCCGGGACCCCCCCUUCCACUUGCGGAAGAUCCAGAAGGUGAAGCAGUGCAGGUGCAUGUCCGUGACCCUUGGCUCAGACGAGCCAUGAGCUGGGACGUGACUCCCCGUGUUCCUCUGUCCCCAUAUACGUCCCCAUGUGCACCGUGUCCCCGGCGGCAGACACGUGUCCCGCGCCCAAGGUGUCCUCGUCGCAGCAGAGCAGCCCACGGAGCCUUGCGGCCGUGCUCCUGACCUCCCCGGUCCCUGCACCUCCCCCGCAGGGCUGCGCACCGCCAAGGACGGCGACGGAAAACCCUGCCUGCCAGGUGGUCGGCAAGAACCUUACAGUGACACAGUCUGUCUAGCAUCGCCCUUCCCACGAAGUGGAGAAAUGGAUCUCUCCCUGGUGGCCUGGAGGGCACUCCCUCAAACCUCUCCCGGGAGCCCCUGGUGAGCCCAGGCUGCCCUCUGUGUGGCUGGGAUGCAGGUCUGGCCAACACUGGUGGAUACGGAGGUUCUCCUGACAAACUUGAUGUCGAGGGGACAACUUGAGCACCUUGGAUCAUGAAGCGGGGUCCCCAGGGACCUGCUCACAGAAGCUACCGCUGCCUCCUUCGCCUUACUCCCAGCAUGUUUGUGGACUAAAGAUGAACUCUGGUGUUACCUUUUUAUCGCUAUAAUUAGAAUGUUAUCACACACAAA